AUGGAACACAACAUGAAGCUGCUUACAAACCUAGCAACUUUGCUUGUCAUUCUUUUAGGAUUCAUGGGAUCAUGUUACGGCUACACAUUCUAUGUGGGUGGCAAAGAUGGUUGGGUUCUUGACCCGCGCGAAAGCUAUAACCAUUGGGUUGAACGUAACCGAUUUCAGCUCAACGACACUCUAGUUUUCAAGUAUGAACAAGGGAUGGAUUCGGUUUUGGUAGUAAACCAAGAGGCUUACCAAAAGUGUAACAAAACGAGCCCCAAAGUAACCUUGAAUGAAGGCAACUCGGUAUUCAAAUUCAAGAGGUCAGGUCCAUUUUUUUUCAUCAGUGGACAAAAUGAUAAAUGUGAAAAGGGACAGAAGUUAAUCGUAGUAGUCAUGGCCGUGAGACACCCAACUACUCCUGCUGCUCCCACUCUAGCACCCGUGGCGGCACCAUCAACAGCCGUGAUACAAGGUAGUGACGGAUUGGAAAUAUAUGCCCCGGUUCCAGCUCCAGCCCCAACGACUUCAAGCGUUGCAUCUACUAGCUUUAGCUUUGGAGGGUUUGUUGGAUUGAUUGUGGCUUUGAGUUUGGGUUUGAUCAGUUUUGUUUUCUAA